UAUUUUAUACUGCGAGCCGUGGAUAAGGAGGGAAAAGAGAAGCGAGAGUGAGAAGCGGCAGCGGCAAUGGCGGCGCCUCCCUUGCUGAGCCACAGGCUGCUCUUCCUCUCCUUCCCCAACACGCCGGCGCCACAGCUCGCCCCCAAGCCGGCCUCCUCCUCCUCCUCCACCGUUCGCGCCGCUUCCAACGCCCCACCUCCUCGGGACGGCGCCGGGCCCGCCGCACCCUCCCGUGGGGACCGCUUCCUCGGGAGCCAGCUCGCCGCCGAGGCUGCCGCCCGCGUCCUCGCGCCGGAGGACGCCGAGAGGCGCCGCCGCCGCCGGGAGAAGCGCAAGGCCCUCGCGCGUAAGCCCUCCGGCGCCGCCUGCUACGGCUGCGGCGCGCCGCUGCAGACGGCCGAGGAGGCCGCGCCCGGCUACGUCGACCCGGCCACCUACGAGCUGAAGAAGAGGCAUCAUCAGCUCAGAACCGUGCUAUGUGGGAGAUGCAAGCUCCUGUCUCAUGGACACAUGGUGACUGCUGUCGGUGGCCAUGGGGGCUAUCCUGGAGGAAAGCAGUUUGUUUCUGCAGAGCAACUCAGGGAGAAGCUCUCCUACCUUCGUCAUGAGAAAGCUUUGAUUGUUAAGCUGGUUGACAUAGUUGACUUCAACGGAAGCUUCCUGGCACGUGUGCGUGAUUUUGCUGGUGCUAAUCCUAUUAUACUAGUGAUCACAAAGGUCGAUCUUCUUCCUAGAGAUACAGACUUGAAUUGCAUUGGCGACUGGGUUGUGGAGGCAAUUGUCAAGAAGAAGCUCAACGUACUUGGUGUCCAUUUGACAAGCUCAAAAUCACUGGUUGGCAUCACUGGGGUUAUAUCAGAGAUUCAACAGGAAAAAAAGGGCCGAGAUGUAUAUAUACUGGGUUCAGCAAAUGUGGGGAAAUCUGCAUUUAUCAGCGCUUUGUUAAGGACGAUGGCAUAUAAGGAUCCAGUGGCUGCUGCAGCACAAAAGUACAAGCCAAUACAAUCUGCUGUUCCUGGAACAACCCUUGGUCCUAUUCAGAUUGAUGCAUUUCUAGGAGGCGGGAAAUUAUAUGAUACGCCUGGAGUCCAUCUUCACCACCGUCAAGCAGCAGUUAUCCAUGCUGAUGAUCUGCCUUCUCUUGCACCACAAAGUCGUUUAAGGGCACGGUGUUUCCCUGCUAAUGAUACAGAUGUUGGAUUGAGUGGGAAUUCGUUAUUCUGGGGUGGACUAGUCCGUAUUGAUGUUGUCAAGGCUCUUCCACGCACACGAUUGACAUUCUAUGGUCCCAAGAAACUAAAGAUUAAUAUGGUCCCGACCACAGAGGCAGAUGAGUUUUACAAGAGCGAAGUUGGAGUUACAUUGACUCCCCCAUCUGGCAAAGAGAAAGCUGAAGGAUGGGUUGGCCUUCAGGGUGUGCGUGAGCUGCAGAUAAAAUAUGAAGAACUUGAUAGACCUGCUUGUGACAUUGCAAUUUCUGGGCUCGGGUGGAUCGCGGUUGAGCCGCUUGGCGUGCCAUCAAGCAAUUCAGAUGAGAGUGCUGAGGAAGAAGACAAUGAGAGCGGCGAACUGCAUUUGACAGUACAUGUUCCCAAGCCUGUUGAGAUCUUUGUCCGACCUCCAUUGCCGGUUGGUAAAGCAGCAUCGCAAUGGUAUAGAUACCAGGAGUUGACGGAGGAAGAAGAGGAGUUGAGACCAAAAUGGCAUUACUGAUGCUGCAUUUGUUUACCUACAACAACAGCAUUUGUGUAUUCGUGUAGUCCAAAUAGAGCGGAGUUGUCAGAUGAGGUGAUAGCGAUGACAGUUUUAGGAUAAAGUGGUUGAAAGUUUUAAGUGAUUCUGGAAUAAUAUUUUGUCACUUUCAAGAAAAUGGAAGGAAAUCUUGGAUGAUCAUCUCCCUAAACAUAUAUACCAUAUUCUGAAUUUCUAAUGCCUAAAUAAUUCCAUAUGU